CGGCGCCCGGAGAAGAAGAGCUGCUGCUCUCUCUGCCAGGGGCGGGUCGCCAGGCCGCGGUCGGUGGCCUUGUGCAGCCUGGGACAGGGCAAGUGGACGAGCGGAGCGACCCGAGGGCUCCUCUGAUGAUGAUAUAUAAUGAGAUGAUUGUUUGAGCCUGGGUCCCCAUGACAUCCAAAGACAAAGACGUGGUGUCCUGGCCAGUUUCUCCCUGGGAUGCCAUCCUUGAGGCUGCCAAAGACCAGCUGCCAUCUCUGGAUUCAGACUCCUCCCUGUCUGACUGUGAGGAAGAAGAACCCUUCAUCUUUCAGCGAAACCAGCCUGUCCUGAUUCCAGACCUGGCUGAGGAGCUGGCUGAAGAUCCUCUUGAGUCUGGGAUCUGGAUUGCUGUAGGAAGGAGUUCUUCACCUGAGCCACUUCUGGUUCCUGGGAGAUUAGCCAUAGAACCUAGAAGUGGACAGAUGGUAAGACAGAAGGACUUGGCCCCUCAGGAAAGAAGAAGCCCUGGCUGGUCUUGCCAGAGCUGUGUCGAGAUCAGCCCUAUUCUUCUGGAGGUGGAGGAGGACCCACCCUGGCUGGAAGGCAACCUUAGAAGCCUGUCUAGCCACAAAGGAUCCCAGAGUCCCCCAUGGACUUCCCAGGGAGAAGAAGCCACUUUUCCUUUGGAAGGAGAGCUGAAGACAGAGCCCUCUGAUACUGACGAGUGCAGAACACUCCGCAGGGAGAGGAGGAGGAUGAUAGAGAAGGAUAUCCUUCAGAAAGUGACCCAGGCUUCCAAGAACGCAGCCUGUGGUGACCACGGCCAGGCUGCAGACUCAGGACCCUGGCUAGAAGUAUCCUCGGAGCAGUCUCGGGAAGGGUGUCCAGUGCUCUCACUCCAGCAACUUGAAGGCUGGGAUUUGGAUUACAUCCUUCAGAGUCUGCCAGGGCGAAAAGACAGCCAGGGUGACAAUGCUCCCAGAACUGCGUGGUGGUUAGCUGACCGCUGCCAAAACCAAGGGCACACCACUGGACUCUCUCAGGACAUACUGCUGGAGCAGCUGGCCCUCCUGUGUGCCACUCAGUCCAGAGUCUGCAAUCCUACCCAGAAGGUAUCUGCUGACAACCCCCAAGGCACUGAAGAACCGGAAGCCAGAAGCAGAAGUGCUUUAGCAGAGCCUGGCUAAACUGAGCCAGCGCAGAAGCUGGCAGAGAGUAGGAGGCUGAAGACAGAGCCCUCCCACCAUCUUCAUUGACCCUGUCGUCAGACGGAGCCAUCCGAACCACAAGAGCACCAGUCCCAGGAGAGCUCUGAACAUAGCUCCUCUGACAGUGAAGAGGAAGGCAUGGAGACAGCAGGCCCAGGACAGGGGGUAUCCUCCUGGGAAUGGAGGGACUGUACUGGGAAGAGCCAGCUUCUCCAACAGCUAAGAGCAUUUCGGAAGGGGGCUGGUCCAUCCCACCUGUCUACCAGUGACCGUCAUGGAGGCCAGAAGACCCAGGCCCCAGAAGAUACAGCUGAAUCACAAACUGGAAGGAAGAAACACAUAAAACUCUGGGCUGAGAAGCAGAAUGCCCUGGAUCUAGGGGGCCCUCUUGGGACACAGCCAGCCAGAAAGGUGCUGCUACCUGCUAUGGGCCAGCUACACUCAACUCAGGUAAAUGGACCUAGAAAAGAAUGUAAGGGGGUGGCAGAUUUCUAUCUACAACAGCCCCCUCCAUGGUCCCUCUACAGUCUGCCUGUUUUUAAUGGACAUGGGCCCUCGGGGCUGAGACGGCUCACUCUGGACCCUACCCAGCCAGUUAGCCGUAUUUAA